GACACCUUGAAGAGUCUGCACCAGUUCCUGCCCCACAUCAAGCACUUAAAGAUCGUGUUCAAUCAGUCCAAGGAGAGCGUCCGGAAGAACGUCACCCGCAUUUUGGACCUGUUGGCCCAGCAGAACCACAAACUACGGGCGUUGUGCAUCGAGUGCCGCGGGGAGAACCCGUAUUUCUAUUCCGGCCAAGACAUAUUGCAGAGCAUCAGGAACGUCUGCCGGAGCGACACCAAGAUCGACCUCCGCUGCCUCGACUUCCGCAAAAUGCCCUUCACUUUGGACGAUGCCACGGUACGCCUCGUGGCGUCGGGCAGCCCCAAUUUGCACACGUUGUUCCUCAACAACCGGACUUUGGUGUGCAACGUCAAGCCAGAGACAAUGCUCGAGGUCUUGCGGUUUUGCCCCAGGCUCUCCACGUUGGGCGUCUAUUACGCCAGCCUCUCGGAGGACGUUUUCCAAGAACUGGCCGCGCCAAACCGAGCUCCCCUUCGGCGCUUGGACGUCUUCUGCGAGCGAUUGGACAAAUACAUCCCGGUCAUCCCGGAAGAGCUGUGGGCGGCGGUGAGCAAGAGGCACCCCGCGCUCCGCGUGGAACUGGAGUUUGACCACACGGUCCCCGCGUGGAAGAUCCCGCGGAUACUGAAACCCAACAUCCCCGUCACCACGUUGCAACUCAACACCUACAACUACAUGGUGAACCAGGUCCGCUUCAUCACCGGCAACUACAACCGGACUCUGGAGAUCUUCGUCCUCCGAACCACUCCUUCCGAGGAUCUCGACGCUGCGCUGAUCGAUCUGGCCAAGAAGUGUCUUCGCUUGAAGGAGAUCCAUUGUUACUGCGUGGUCGGCCAAGCCGUGGUGGACGCCUUCCUUGCGCACUGCGCUCAACUGAAGAGUUACACGCUGAAGAUCACCAAAGAACGAGGUCCUUGGAGAGCAACGGCGGUCCGAUAAUGAUG